GAAUACAGGUGUCAAGAGUCUGGCUGGGACAGCCUGGGAAAGCUGUACUUUGGAACUCAGACUGCAUCUUCAGCAAUGAUCAGCAGCUCUGUUGAAGAUGCACUGGACACCUGAGCACGCCCAGCCCCUCAACCAGUGGCCAGAGCAGCACCUGGACGUCUCCUCCACCACCCCGUCGCCUGCCCACAAAUUGGAGUUGCCCCCGGGGGGUCGCCAGCGCUGCCACUAUGCUUGGGCCCACGACGACAUCUCGGCGCUCACCGCCUCCAAUCUCCUCAAGCGCUACGCGGAGAAGUACUCGGGGGUCCUGGACUCGCCCUACGAGCGCCCCUCCUUGGGCGGCUACGGCGACGCCGCCUUCCUCAAUGGCGCUAAGGGGGACCCCGAGCCCUGGCCAGGGCCGGAGCCGCCCUACCCCUUGGCCUCACUGCACGAGGGCCUCCCUGGAGCCAAGCCCGGCGCCGGGGGAGGCUCUGCGGGGCUCGGGGGCUCCCCGAUUGUAGCCGGGAACCUGUCCGACACCCUCUACGCCGGCAAUGCGUGCGGGGGUCCGUCGGCGGCGCCCGAGUACACGGCGGGCUACGGCGGGGGCUACCUGGCGCCAGGCUACUGCACGCAGACGGGCGCCGCGCUGGCCCCGCCGCCGCCACCGCCGCCGCCGCCGCCGCCGCCGGGGUACGGGGCCCCCGCCCCGCUCUACAACUACACCGCGGGGGGCUACGGGGCGCAGCCCGGCUACGGCGCGCUCCCGCCGCCCCCGGCCGCGCCCCCGGGCCCCUACCUGCCGUCCGGCCUGGCGGCGCCCACGCCCCUGCCCGCGCCCGCGCCGCCCCGGCCCGCCCCGUACGGCUUCCCCUCGGCCGCCGACCCCGGCGCGUCGCUGAAGCGCAAGGCGACCGACGAGGGCUCCGAGGACCGCUACCGCAAGUACGCGUACGAGCCCCCCAAGGCCCCCGCGGCCGACGGCGCCCCCUACCCCGCCGCGGACAACAACGGCGAGUGUCGGGGCAACGGCUUCCGCGCCAAGCCGCCGGGAGCCGCGGACGAGGCGUCGGCCAAGUUCCGCGGCAGCGUCCCGCUCAAGGUGCUGGGCUCCCCGGCCUACGGCCCGCCGCUUGAACCCUUCGAGAAGUUCCCGGAGCGGGUCCCGGCGCCGACUCCCCGAGGGGGCUUCGCGAUGCCGUCGGGGGAGCCCCCCAAAGGCGUGGACCCGGGCGCGCUGGAGCUAGUGACCAGCAAGAUGGUGGAGGGCGGGCCCCCCGUGCAGUGGGCAGACGUGGCCGGCCAGGGCGCGCUCAAGGCGGCGCUGGAGGAGGAGCUGGUGUGGCCCCUGCUGCGGCCUCCCGCCUACCCGGGCAGCCCGCGCCCGCCGAGGACCGUGCUGUUCUUCGGGCCGCGCGGCGCCGGGAAAGCUCUGCUGGGCCGCUGCCUGGCCACGCAGCUGGGAGCCACGCUACUGCGCGUGCGCGGCGCGAGCCUAGCCGCGCCGGGCGCCGCCGAGGGCGCGCGCCUCCUCCAAGCCGCCUUCGCGGCCGCGCGCUGCCGCCCGCCCGCCGUGCUGCUCAUCAGCGAGCUGGAAGCGCUGCUCCCGGCCCGGGACGACGCGGCGGCCGGGGCCUCGCUGCAGACGCCGCUCCUGGCUUGCCUGGACAGCGGCUGCGGUGCGCGGGCCGACGGCGUGCUGGUGGUGGGAACCACGUCUCGGCCCGCAGCGCUGGACGAAGCCACCCGCCGGCGCUUUGCGCUGCGCUUCUACGUGGCGCUGCCCGACGGCGCCGCGCGCGGGCAGAUCCUGCAGCGGGCCCUGGCCCAGCAGGGCUGCGCGCUGGGCGAGCGGGAGCUCGCCGCCCUCGUGCAGGGCACCCAGGGCUUCUCGGGGGGCGAGCUGGGGCAGCUGUGCCAGCAGGCCGCGGCCGGGGCGGGCCUCCCGGGGCUGCAGCGCCCCCUUGCCUACAAGGACUUGGAGGCAGCGCUGGCCAAGGUGGGCCCGAGGGCCACUCCCAAGGAGCUAGACUCGUUCGUGGAGUGGGACAAGAUGUACGGCUCCGGACACUGAUGGCGCGGGGAGGCCGAGGCAGACCCCCCCCCCCCUGUACUG